GUACGAGCAGCGAAAGAUGAAAUCAUCUGACAUUGACCAGGAAUUAUUCACUGAAAGUUACUGCAAAGUGUGCAGCGCACAGCUAAUAUCCGAGUCCCAGCGCGUGGCCCAUUACGAGAGUCGGAAACAUGCCAGCAAAGUUCGCCUCUAUUAUAUGCUUCAUCCCAUAGAUGGAGGCUGUCCAGCUAAAAAGCUCCGAUCAGAAAAUGGCAGUGAUGGUGACACAGUGGAUAAGAACAAAUGCUGCACACUAUGUAACAUGUCCUUUACCUCAGCAGUGGUGGCUGAAUCGCAUUACCAAGGGAAAAUCCAUGCCAAAAGGUUAAAAUUGUUGCUAGGUGAGCCGCCGGCACUGAAGGCCGCAGAAACCGCUCUAAGCUCCCUCAAGCAGCCGCACACGGACCGUCCCACCGUGGUGUCCUCGCCGCACCAGCGAAGGGAUUCGGACCGGUACUGCCAGCUGUGCGCUGCCUGGUUCAACAACCCCAUGAUGGCCCAGCAGCACUACGACGGCAAGAAGCACAAGAAGAACGCGGCCAGAGCCGACCUGCUGGAGCAGCUGGGGAAGACCCUGGACCUUGGCGAGCUGAGAGGCCUGAAGCGCAGCUACACGUGCAACAUCUGCAACGUCACGCUGAACUCGAUAGAGCAGUACCACGCGCACCUGAAGGGCUCCAAGCACCAGACCAACCUGAAGAACCAGUAGUAGUUCAUCAGUCAAAACAAGGAAAAGCACUGAGACUUCUUCUGCGGGGAGGAACUGCGUAGCGAGGAGAGGAUACUUUUCUUGGACAAUGAUCCUGUGGGGAUUCGGUAAUUAACAUGUAACUAACCUUCGCUUUGGACAAAUACAUGGAUUUUUUUUUAAUUUUGUGGUGAGUUAAAAUAUUUCAAUGGAUUUUUUUACCCUUUCAAGAUAAUAUUUAUUCAGCACAGAGUCUAGAGUAUGAUAACUAUCCUGUAAAUACAACACCUAAUCAUCACUCAUCGUCAGAGACAGUGGAAAGAAAAUAUUUUACUUUUUCAUAUUUAUUCAUAGAUUUCUUCUGAGAGUAUAAAAU